CUCCCCUCUAAGAAGAAAUACUCCUGCGGAAUGGCGCCAAGCGAGACAUCAGAGAAGGAUGAGAAUCCUCCUAUCCACAUCAACGACGAUGAUGAUGAAGAGAGAAAUGGAGUGGAAAGCGAUGAGGCGGAAUCAAAGCAGACUUCACGAGGAAGUUACUUGCGCAUCUUCACAUACACGACCCCCCUCGACGCCACACUCUACACGCUCGGUCUGCUCGCCGCCGUCGUCGUCGGCGCCGCUCUCCCGCUCAUGACGCUCGUCUUCGGCGCGUCGACGGCGGAGCUGAACCGCCAGGCUAGCGGGCAAGCUGCACCGCGCUUCACGCAGAACAUCAAUCGCCUUGUGCUGUAUUUUGUCUAUCUUUUCGUCGCGCGGUUUGUGGUUGGGUAUGUGGGCACGCUGCUGGUGUGCGUCGCGGCGGCGAAUACGUGCGCGAGGUUGAGACGCGAGUUUUUGGAGAGGCUGGUGAGGCAGGAUGUUGGGUUUUUUGAUGGGGAGGGGAGGGGGUCGGUUGCUACGCAGGUUACUACGAAUGGGAAUCGCAUCAACCAGGGCGUAGCCGAAAAAUUGUAUACCUGCGUGCAGGGCAUCUCGCUGUUCUUUUCUGGGUUUAUUGUUGCGUUGGCCGUGCAGUGGAAGCUUGCGUUGAUCGUUAUGAGUAUUAUACCGGCGAUUUUUGUGAUUACCGGGGGGUGUAUCGCGCUGGAUGCUCCUAUCGAGGCUAGAGUUACGAGGUUGUAUUCGGAUGCUGGGGCGCUUGCUCAGGAUGCGUUCAGUUCCAUACGAACGAUCCAUGCGUUUUCCGCCCAGAAGAAGAUUGUCGAUAAAUACGACGGCUAUCUUUCAAAGGCGCAUGUUGAGGGGAACAAGAAGUCUGUCAUCUACGGUGUCUUGUUCUCGGGUCAGACUUUUCUGGUCAUGGCAGGCACCUCACUUGCUUUCUGGCAAGGCUUUCGCAUGUUCCAGAGCGGGGAGAUUGCGGAUGUUGGCACCGUCUUCACAGUAGUACUGAGUGUGACGCUUGGGGCUACGGGGACUCUACUCAUCUUCCCGCAAAUCCAGUCUUUUACUAAUGCGUCUUCGGCCGCUGGUGAACUCUUUACAGUCAUCGAUCGCGCGUCAUCGCUGGACCCCCUUGCUGAAGAAGGCUUGCAGCCCACCCACUUCAAAGGGGACAUCGUCAUCCAGGAUCUACGCUUUGCGUACCCUGCCCGACCAUCCGCCCAAAUCCUGCAUGGCCUGAACCUGUCGAUACCCGCCGGUAAGACAACCGCCUUGGUUGGCCCUAGCGGGUGCGGGAAAUCGACUCUCGUCGGACUCCUGGAGCGCUGGUACCAGCCUGGCUCAGGAAAGAUCCUGAUCGAUGGCCACGACAUCUCAGAGUACAACACAAAGUGGCUGCGAAGCAACAUCCGGCUCAUCCAGCAGGAGCCCACGCUCUUCCAAGGCACCAUCUUCGAGAACAUCGCAAAAGGGUUGGUGGGCGAGCAGCUCGACUUGCCGUUUGAGAAGCAGAUGGUGCUGAUACAAGAGGCAUGCAAAUCUAGCCACGCGCACGAGUUUAUCAAGAGAUUGCCAAAUGGGUAUCAUACGCAAGUCGGUGAACGGGCUAGUAUGUUGAGCGGGGGACAGCGCCAGCGUAUCGCCAUCGCUAGGAGUAUUGUUUCGAACCCGGCGGUUCUGCUGUUCGAUGAAGCUACUAGCGCGUUGGAUCCUCGGUCGGAGAAGAUUGUGCAAAGUGCUCUUGAUCGUAUUUCUGUGGAUAGAACUACGCUGAUUAUUGCUCACAAACUGGCUACUGUCAUGGCUGCGGACAAUAUUGUCGUCAUGACGAAUGGACAGAUCCACGAGCAAGGAACUCAUCGAGAGCUUCUCGACCGCAAGGGCCUUUAUGCGGCUAUGGUUAGCGCACAAGACCUUGGUACAACGACUGGAAAUGAAGACUACCACGAAGAGAAUGCCGAACACGAUGACAGAGAUUUAGGUCUCCACCGGAAAAUGUCCGAGAAGGUUCCCGAAGAUGUGGAAAAGGAACUCGAUCAUCUUGCUGCUGGCACACUGGGCUAUUCUUUGAUCAAGUGCAUCUGGAUCAUGUUGACAGAGAACAAUGAUCUCUAUUUCUGGUACAUUGUGACCAUUCUCGGUGGAAUCAUUGGCGGCGGCACCUAUCCAGCACAAGCCAUCAUCUUCUCCCGUCUCGUCCAAGUUUUCACACUUCAAGGUGCUGAAGCGAAAGAGCAGGCCGAAUUUUGGGCAUUGAUGUUUUUUGUGCUCGCUCUCGCGAAUCUCUUCGCGUACUUUGGCAUUGGGCUGGCCUGCAACAAUAUUGGACAGACAUUGACCCAUCGCUACAGAAAAGAGAUGUUGCAAUGCGUUGUAAAUUUUAACCAGGACUUCUUUGAUCGACCGGAGAACUCCUCAGGGGCGUUAGCCUCGAAACUCUCGUCUGCGCCGACAUCACUGCAAGAAUUGAUUGGCGCGAAUUUGGGUAUUCUGCUUAAUAUCAUGGUCAACAUCAUUGCCAGCAGCGCCUUGGGUAUAGCGUUUGGAUGGAAACUCGGUCUCACGUUGGUUUUUGGUGGACUGACUGUUCUAGUCGCCGCUGGAUUCUUCCGCAUUCGUCUCGAUCAGAAGAUCGAGGCCACAACAGACAAGCAAUAUGCAAGUAGCGCCGGACUCGUCACUGAAGCCGUGACUUCUAUUCGGACGAUCAGCAUGCUAACACUCGAACCAUCUAUCUUGCGCGAGUACAGCAACAUCAUACAGACAAUACGCUCAAAAGUUAUUCGGAAUCUCUGCAUCACUCUCAUCGCCUACGCAUUCUCGCAAUCCGUCGACUUCCUCGUCAUGGCACUCGGCUUCUGGUACGGCUCCCGCUUGAUCGCGAGCGGAGAAUACACCGUAACCCAAUUCUUCGUCAUCUUCAUCACCGUAGUUUUCGGCGGGCAGGGCGUAGCGCAGUUCUUCAUGUACUCGACGUCCAUCAGCAAAGCCGGAAGCAGCGCAAACUACAUCCUCUGGCUCCGCACAAUCACCCCCUCGAUCCGCGAAACCCCGUCAAACCACGAAAAAGGCCCUCCCAAAGAAAGCAGCGCCAUCGCCCUCGACGACAUCCACUUCACCUACAAGCAACGCACCGCGUCCCGCGUCCUCCGCGGUAUCUCCAUCACAAUCCCACCCGGCACCUUCGCCGCCGUCGUCGGCCCAUCAGGCUGCGGCAAAAGCACAAUCGUCUCCCUCCUCCUCCGCUUCUACGACCCCACAUCCGGAUCAAUCAUCCUAUCCAACACAAACAUCUCCCUCCUCUCCCCGCAUCUCUACCGCAACUACGCAUCCCUCGUCCAGCAAGAACCCCCUCUCUAUCUCGGCUCCGUCCGCGAAAACAUAACCCUCGGCCUCGAUCACGACCCUACCGAGCAACAACUGACAACCGCGUGCCGCCAAGCUAAUGUGCUGGAAUUCGUGGCUUCAUUACCAGAAGGCCUGGAUACACCGUGCGGGUCUAAAGGGCUGCAGUUCUCCGGUGGGCAGAGACAGCGAAUCGCGAUUGCGAGGGCGUUGAUCCGGAGCCCCAAGUUGCUGGUGCUGGAUGAGGCGACGUCGGCGUUGGAUACGCGGAGCGAGCGCGUGGUGCAGGAGGCGCUGGAUCAGGCGGCGAAGGAAGGGUGCAGGACUACUAUUGCUGUUGCGCACCGCUUAAGUACUAUCCAGCACGCCGACAUCAUCUUCGUCAUCGAGGACGGUAAGAUUGUUGAGAUGGGCUCGCAUGCCGAGUUGCAGCGGUUGAAGAGGAAGUAUUAUGCCAUGUGUUUGACGCAGGCGUUGGAUUAG